ACUUCCGCUACAGCCCACGUUCCGUGUCAGGAAAAGUUGUCAACAUUUAACGCUAACUUUGAGUCCCUGGUGUUCCUAAGAUGUCGUCCGGUGCCCUCUUCCCCAGUCUGGUGAGCGGCUCCAGGGGCAGCUCCAGUAAGUACCUGGUGGAGUUCCGGGCUGGAAAGAUGACCCUGAAGGGAAACGUGGUGACUCCAGACAAACGCAAAGGAAUGGUAUACAUCCAACAGUCAGACGACUCGCUCAUCCAUUUCUGCUGGAAGGACAGGACCACCGGCAAUGUGGAUGAUGACCUGAUCAUCUUCCCUGAUGACUGUGAGUUUAAGAGAGUGUCUCAGUGCACCACAGGCCGAGUCUAUGUGCUCAAGUUCAAGGCUGGCUCCAAGAGGCUCUUCUUCUGGAUGCAGGAGCCAAAGACAGACAAAGACGAGGAAUACUGCCGUAAAGUGAAUGAGUACUUGAACAACCCUCCGAUCCCCGGGGCCCCAGGCAGCGGAGGAGGCAGUGGCCACGAGCUGUCAGCCCUGGGAGGAGAGGGCGGUCUGCAGAACCUUCUGGGAAAUAUGAGCCACAAUCAGCUCAUGCAGCUCAUAGGGCCCACCGGUCUGGGAGGACUGGGUCUGGGAGCUUUAGCCGGACCAGGACUUGCUAACCUCUUGGGCAGUGGCGGACCAGCAACCAGCAGCUCCUCCUCCAGCUCUCGUAGUCAGUCGGCCGCUGCCACUCCUUCCUCCACUGCGGCACCGAGAGUCAGCUCGUCUCAGGCCACGCCCUCUGUUACUCCUGCCGCUGCUUCGGCUGCAACCGCCGGGGGAGCUACAACCACUACUCCAGCCUCAGCAGCGCCCCCUGUGGCCCCGGCCUCUGCAGGCAGCCCCCCUCACCAGCCCAUUCAGCUCAGUGACCUCCAGAACAUUUUGGCCACCAUGAACGUCCCAGCGGGCGCUCAGGGAUCUGCAGUGGACCUAGCAAGCGUGUGCACCCCAGAGAUGAUGGCUCCGAUCCUCUCGAACCCAGAGGUGCAGCAGAGACUGCUGCCAUUCCUGCCAAGUGGAGAGAGCCUGCCCCAGAGCGCGGAGCAGAUCCAGAACACACUCAGCUCACCUCAGUUCCAGCAGUCCAUGAGCAUGUUCUCCAGUGCCCUGGCCUCCGGGCAGCUAGGACCUCUCAUGAGCCAGUUUGGACUGCCUGCUGAUGCUGUGGACGCUGCCAACAGAGGAGAUGUGGAGGCAUUUGCCAAAGCCAUGCAGGAUAGCAAAGGAGAGGCCAAAGACAAGAAGAACGAUGAUGAAGACAUGGCCCUGGACUAGACCCCUGCACCAAGCCUUAAAUACAGUUCAUGUGUGAUUCAGCAAGAUGUUCUGAGCGUUUGUUGUUAUUCAAUUGUCCGAUUCUGUGAAAAUGAAUAACUUUUUUCACUUAAAAAUUAUUACUAUAAUUAAUAAGCCUACUUUCAUUGUUGCCUUAAAUCAUUCAGCACUAAUGGCAACUUUCUUCACCUCAGGACAAACUGUAGCAGACAUCAUAUUUAAUGUCAGCCCAGUGUGGUUUCCAUUUUGUAUGACUCGAUGGAGGAAUCAGGCUCACAACAUUCAAAUUUCUUCAUGUUUGAAUUUGACAGUAUUUCCGUGUUUCUGUUGUUUCUGAGCCUAUGUCUGUAGCUGACUUUGACAGGGUAUUCUUUAUAGUUUGGGGACUUUGGUGAUUCAUUUAAUAAAAUUGGUAGAAUAAA